CUUUCUCUUUCUACUUCUCUCACUUUGCUUCCUCCUCCUGAUUUCCGACGCUCACAAAUCAUUCGCCUUUGUCCGUCUUCUUCAUCUCUCUGUAUCAAUCAGGAAUUCUGGGAUUUGAUAUCAGUUGCUGCUGCUGCUACUGAGCAUUGAUUUCACUUCGGGUUCUAGAUCUGUGUGAUUCUGUCGCUCUCUUUCGGCUUUUAAGUUCGUCUCAAGCACGGUAUUGAUUUUCGUCUCAGCUGGUUUUCGUUUCUUCUCCGAGGAGCAGCAGGAGGAACAUGGUUAAUUGGUAUCAGCCAAAGGAAAACUUGUACUGGUAAUUGUUUUAGGGUUUUGGGUGCUUUCGAAAUUCUCGAUCUGUUUUAGGUUUUCUCUCUUUUUCGAUAAAAUUCUCUUAGAGUCUUCCGAAUUUUGUUUUGUUAACUGGAUCGAGUCUUGAGCGGAAGCUUUGAGCGCAAAAUUACCUUUUUUGUUGAGCUAAUAGUUUUUGUUCUCCAUUUAAAUGAAUUGGAAAAUCUUCGUUUUAUACUGCUUCCAAGUUGAAAUUUUGGGGGGUGUCCAGUUCUGUCUUUGGGGUUUAGGAUCAUGCUUUGUUUUUGCAAAAUUUCUAAUUCUAAACCUCUAAAUUAUUAUCAUAAAAAAUUGGGCUUGUAUGGUUACUCGUAUGGAUGGGAUGAUUUUAUUUAUUCCCAUGAUUGUCAUAUAUGCAGAGUUUGGUGGAUAAACUAUCAGAUCCCUAGGCUGAAUUGAGGGAACUUAAAGUGUUCUGGUUAAAAGAUGAUGGCAAAGAAUGAUAGGAUGGAAGGAGGUUUUUAUCAGAACAAUUAUGGGCCUCCUGGUGAAUCUGAGGGAUCUGGUAGCUCAGGACGAAUUGAUACUGAGAUUACUGCUUCGGAGGAUUCAAGUGCCCCUGCAAGGAAAUGUAUUAGUUUGAACAACUCGGAUAAACGUGACACAUUUGGUGUACCUUUACAAGUGCUUUCACUUGCAAACAUGUUACCAUCCGAAAGGAAGGAUAUAAUACAUAAGUUGCAGUUGGAACUAGAACAGAUAAGGAUGCUGCAAAAGAAAGCUGAGCAUCAAAGGACUAAUGGGGUUACAGUGUCAUCUUCAAGUGAUAUUGUUAGUUGUAGCAAUGGGCAACAAGGUCCUUACAUGCAUAAUAUUGGGAAAUCUUCAAGGAAAGCUUCUGGAUCAGUGAAGAAGGGAAACCCUUCAGGCUUGGGUGGCAAGUCGCGUGGAUGGACCCGGGAUACAUCAGGAAGAUUUGAAUCUGUGAAACAGGCGUCAACCCCAAAUGCUGCAAAUAUGUUGUUGAUGAAGCAAUGUGAGAAUCUAUUGAAAAGAUUAGUGGGCCAUAAGUAUGCUUAUGUAUUCAAGUCUCCUGUUGAUGUUGUGAAGUUGAAUAUUCCAGAUUAUUUCAAUGUUAUUAAGCAUCCAAUGGACUUGGGAACAAUAAAGAGCAAGAUAGUUUCAGGUGCAUAUGCAGGUCCCUUGGAAUUUCUUGCUGAUGUGAGGCUUACCUUCACCAAUGCAAUGACCUAUAAUCCACCUGGAAAUGAUGUGCAUGUCAUGGCUGAUACUCUUAGCAAGUUUUUUGAGGUGAGGUGGAAGGACAUUGAGAAGAAAAUACCCAUUAAUGAUGGUCAGUCCAUGCAACCAAAAUCUGGACCUACUGAAGUCAUGGAGACUGCUAAGAUAAUGCCUCCUGUAAAGAAAAGGAAGAUGUCUUCCAUGAACCAUGAACCAGAACCUGUAAAGAGGAAAAUGACAGAUGAGGAAAAGAACAACCUAGGCCAUUUGCUGGAGUCUUUGCUAGGGGAAAUUCCUGCCCAUAUCAUUGAUUUCUUAAGGGAACAUAGUUCGAAUGGAAGUGAAUUGGGUGGGGAAGAGUUUGAGAUUGAUAUCAUUGAUCUGAGUGAUGAUACACUGUUCCUGUUGAGAAAGCUUUUAGAUGAUUAUUUGCAAGAGAAACAGAAAAACCAAUCAAGAGCUGAACCUUGUGAAAUUGAGCUGCUGAAUGAAUCUGGACUAAGUAAUUCAUCAAUGCAGCAAGGCAAAGGAAAUGAUCUGGGUGAUGAGGAUGUUGAUAUUGGGAAUGAGCCCCCUGUCUCAAGCUACCCUCCUGUACAGAUAGAGAAGGAUGCAGGCCAUAAAAGCACUAAAUCUGUAAACUCAGGCUGUUUGAGAGAUUCAGAAUCUAGCAGUUCUGAGAGUGAAUCUGAUGUAGCUAAAGGUUCAAAUCCAGUAGAAGCAGCAAAGGUACAAGAAACUGUAGGUUCUGGAGCUCAAUUAGAUGAAAAGGAGGGUGUUGACAAUCCUCUAGAUAGAAACCGGUGUGUUAGUGGGUUGGAUCAGCUUGAACAAAAUUCCCAGCAAAUGCCAGGUUCUGCUGAGUCUGAUUAUCGUCAAGAUGGGGACAGCGCUCCAAGUGAAAGGCAGAUUUCUCCGAACUUCUACAGGGCAGCUCUAUUGAAGAACCGAUUUGCAGAUACCAUCUUAAAAGCUCGAGAAAAGACACUAACACAGGGUGACCGAGGGGACCCUGAGAAAUUGCGACGGCAGAUGGAGGAACUUGAACUGCAGAAAAAGAAAGAGAAGGCGCGGAUACAAGCCGAAGCAAAAGCUGCUUUAGAUGCUCAAAGACGGGCUGAGGCAGAAGAGGCUAGAAGGAAGAGGGAGCUUGAGAGAGAAAAAGCAAGACAAGCACUGCUGCAGAUGGAGAAGACUGUUGAAAUCAAUGAGAAUUGUCGGUUUCUACAGGACUUAGAAAUGCUCAGAUCCGGCCCUGCAGAGCAGUUACCAAGCUCAGUAGAUGAGACCAGCCCUGAUCAUUCACAGGAUGGAUUGGGUAGUUUUAAGUUUGGAAGCAGUAACCCCUUGGAGCAGUUAGGUUUGUACAUGAAAGAGGAUGAAGAGGAAGAAGAAGGCGAGCCACCCAGUGUUCCACCUGUGAAUGAUAUGGAGGAAGGAGAAAUAUAGAUUGAGCCGUGGUGCUAGUGCAUUUGUAGACACAAGUGAAUGAGCAAGUAAAAAAGGCAGCUUGAUCCACAAAAAAUCUUGUCUGACCACUAGAGUUCUGAAGAAGAGUGAGCAUACUUUCAUCUCUUGGCUUCAAAUUAACCACCAAAAGGGAUACUUAAAUGGUUUGGGUAUAUUGAGCAUUCCAUAACCAAGAAAGUGGGAUUUACAUGGAAGGCACUUUACAAUGUACAUGGGUUUUGGGUCUGUUAUUAGGACUGUAAUUUUAUCAUUUAUCUGCUGCCAUUCGUUUAUUUAUUAGCAUAAAAUUUCCCAUAGCAAUGUCUCUUACAUACAAUAAUUAUGGUAAUUGUCAGCAGUGUGCUUUGUUGCGGACUUCCUGAGCAACAGGGUGCCACAUCUUAAAUCGUUAAAUGACAUUUUACCUAGUACUAACUCUUAAUUGAGGAUGUUUGGGACUUGAUCUCUUAGAACUUAAGAAUUUUGUUUGUUGAAUUGUUGUAUUUUUAGUACUCAGAUGUUUAAUGC